GCGAUCCCUGAGCUGGACUGUCGGUGGCAAAACCCCCGGUUUCUGAAGAGAGAUCCGGCGGCAGGUUUCGGCAAGGUUCCGACGACGAGAUGAUGAGGGGGUCGGGAUUCGACGGAGGAUUGAGGGGAGUGAAGACGGAUCCACCGGUGGAGUUGGAGUGGGAGAUGAGGCCUGGGGGGAUGCUGGUUCAGAGGCGGCUCCUCGAUCCUGGAGCACAGCCGCCGCCGAUGAUACGCCUCCGGAUCUGUUAUGGUGAAUCGAAGUUUGAGGUCUCCGUUGGUCCCCGGGCAACUUUCAGGGAGUUGAAGAAGGAACUGGAGGCAGAGACGGGUCUGCGGCAGGCGGAGCAGAGGGUAAUCUACAGAGGUAAAGAGAGAGAAAAUGGGGAGUUUUUGGACAGAUGUGGGGUGAAGGAUCGAUCGAAAUUGGUGGUGAUGGAGGAACCUUCAAGCCGCGAGCGGCGCUAUAUUGAGAUGCGUCGGAAUGCAAAGAUCCAGAGCAGUGCUCUUGCCAUCGCCGCCCUGUCGUUGGAGGUCGAUAAAUAUGCCGCCCAGGUUUCAGCAAUUGAGAAAUCUAUUUCCAGUAGAAAGAAGGUGCCUGAACUGCAGAUUACCACAUUAAUAGAGCUGCUUAUGAGACAAGCAGUCAAGCUAGAUGGCAUUGUUGCUGAAGGAGAUACUUCCUUUCAGAAAACACUAUUGGUAUAAUGUCUUUCUUUAUUUUUAAAAUA